AUGAAUCCCAACUUGAAUUUUCCUGGAUUUCGCCAACCGAUUUUGCAACCUUAUAGGCCUUUGCAAAAACAAGCCUGGCUACAAAAAGCUCCACAGAACCAUGAAUACAAACCUGGAGAACCUAUACUACGCCCAUUGCGUUCGACGUUUGGCGGUAAUAGGCAUGAAAAUCGAUGUUAUUUUCCUAUUGUCCCGGCCAAAAGAAUAGGUAAGAAAUUUUAUAUUUUUGUUGGAUUUUAGACUUGUAGAUAGUUGCGCAAGCUGAAAAAGGCAUUUUGCAAGGUGUUGAGUAACCGGUUUAUCGUUGAAUUGCUUGAUUUUACCUCUAAUCCGAAAAAAUUUGUCGUUUUGCCUAGUGCAAUAUAAAUUUUUCCGCUAACUCAAAGAAUCCUUUUUCAGAGCAGAAGAACGAAAUUCCUGGCUCCUCAGGAUUUAUUCAUAAGCUUGAUCAACCUUUUCCAAUUCAGCCGAAGCUUUACCAAGCUGAGAAUCAAGCUCCGGAAACAGUGGAGCAGAAGAAGGUCUUUCCUUUCCGAAGGAACGAAGAUGGUUCAUACGUAUUUGAUCGUAAACUUGUAGACAAAGGCUCUGUGGUCCUGAAUCCGAAGGAAACGGAGGUUUUUGGACUUACUCGUUUUGGGAGACCGUUGCCAUUGGUCGAAGCAUCAAAUCCGGCUGUCAAACACCUUCUUCGGUCAGUCAAUCGUAAGAUUUUGAAUUUUUUGUUUUAAUUUUAGGCUGGGAAGGAAGACAAUGAGGUAAUGAAAGUGACCCAACUCCUUAUUUUUAUCUGUCUUCGUUGCAAUAUUGAUUUUUAGACUAAUCUUACUUUAGUUCACCUAAAAUAAUAUAUUUUUGUCAAAACUCAGCGAAAAUCAUUUCAGCUCAAAAACGAAAGCAUGGAGAAGAAAAGUACUCUAGAAAGGUUGUUCUCGGCAACAUUUUUGAUGUUCCGGAUCAGAAAAUUCUAGAGAUCUUUCAUUCUUAUGAAGUGGUAGGUAAAGUCGUCCGCCAGAAAGGAAAUGAAGGUAAAUAUCAGUCAGUCAUCGAUUCUAAACACUUGUAACUUCAGACUAUUGCUUCUUGACUUUCAAACAUCCUGAUAUUGUCGAGACGUUGCUCGAAAAUUGUGUUCCUGACGAGUUCAACUUCAAGUACAAGGUGGAUGAUGAUCUUACGGUAAGAAUAGAAAAGUUUUGAUUCAAAAUUUAGAGUAAAUUAUGAUCUUCGAGGUUCGUUCUUCCUGCCGAAUGAAUUUUUAUUUUGUUUGCCGCAAAUUUUGACUUCUCGGAUAUUGUACUAGACAAAAAAUUGUGAGCAAUUGUAAUAUUGCGUAAGAAUUUAAGACGAUUAUAGCUAAAUUGCAAUGUUUGGACUUGGUUAUGACUGUGGAAGCUCUAUAUCAUGAAAAAAAUUAUGUUUCCUAUAUUACACUAGACAAAAAUUACCUAAAAUUGACGAAUUUCGGUCUCAGAUUACUCCAAAUAUAACGCCUUCAAUUUUCAGAUCACCGUAUUUCCCUGGGCAAAUGAAGAUACCGCCUAUACGUAUGACGAAAAUUGGCCAAUUUUCACUCGGCACACGAUUUUCAUUGGAUGUCUCCCAAGAAUCUGCACUUCAUCCUUCCUCUUCAACUUUCUGAAAUUCAAACUGAAGUUCUGGGAUCUUCUUCAUGUUCGGAUUGAUUGCGAUCCGCAAUUAUAUCCACGAGGAGCAGCUCGAGCCGUCUUUCGAACUGAAGAGUCAUAUCGAAGGGCCUGCCAGAUGCAUGUUCAACGGUUCUCAUGGUUCAACGAUCGAUAUAGAGUAUGUUUUUGAGCUUUGUUUUUGGUUUUUAGGCUGGUUGGUGAAGUGUGUUGACAUGGCGCAACUGGUAGUGAGCCGGGUUGGCGAGAGUCGCAGGUUCGAUCCCGGCUGUGAGAAAUUUUUUGUUUUUUUGUUUUGAAAUUAAUUUUGAGGAAAUUUUUGACUGAAUAGAAGCAAAUGAAGGCCCAAUGACGAUUAGAAUAGCAGAAAAUACAUGAAUUUGUCAUGGAUAAUAUGGUUUUUGGAAGCAUCUGCUGUUUUUCUUCAAAAAAGGGAUCGAAAUAUAUUAGCAAGGCUUGUAAAAUACACCGUAGUUAUUUUCCUCUUUUUAAGAUCGAAUUCAAAUCCUUUAUCUACAAGGGAUUUGCCUGCGAAAAUUGCGGAGCCCAAGUUGUUACCAAGUUUUGCCCAUCAGACGCAUGUCUUCGCUAUUAUUGUGAUGGAUGCUGGCCAUUGGUUCACAACAAGGAAAGUUUCCAUCGACCUGUUUUGGGCCAAUACCGCGAUGUUCCGUACAUAACCAAGAAUUUCGAGGAAGUCAAGGCUUUUCAUGAACAAAGGAAGAUUGAGGAGCUCACAGAAGUCAUGAAAGAGGACAGAGAAAAGUCUACUGUGGCCAAGGAGCAAGUUCCAACAAAGGCGAAUCUAUUUGAGACCGGGAGGAUUCAAAAGACUAAAUUUUUUUGA